AUGCCGGGGGCCGGGGCGCGGGCGGAGGAGGGCGGCGGUGGCGAGGGCGCGGUGCCGGGGGCCGCCGCGGAGCCUGGGGCGGGGCCGGGACGGGAGCCGGCGCGGCUAUGCGGUUACCUGCAGAAGCUGUCGGGCAAGGGCCCGCUGCGCGGGUACCGCAGCCGUUGGUUCGUGUUCGACGCGCGCCGCUGCUACCUGUACUACUUCAAGAGCCCGCAGGACGCGUUGCCCCUCGGCCACCUGGACAUCGCGGACGCCUGCUUCAGCUACCAGGGCCCCGACGAGGCGGCCGAGCCGGGCGCUGAGCCGCCCGCGCACUUCCAGGUGCACAGCGCAGGAGCCGUCACGGUGCUCAAGGCUCCUAAUCGUCAACUCAUGACUUACUGGUUACAGGAGCUUCAGCAGAAGAGAUGGGAAUAUUGCAACAGUCUCGACAUGGUCAAGCGGGACAGCAGGACCUCCCCCACUCCUGGGGAUUUUCCUAAGGGUCUUGUAGCCAGAGAUAACACAGAUUUAAUUUACCUGCACCCAAAUGCUUCUGCAGAAAAAGCCAGAAAUGUCCUAGCUGUGGAAACUGUCCCUGGAGAGCUAGUGGGAGAACAAGCUGCGAAUCAGCCAGCCCCAGGGCAUCCAAAUUCCAUUAAUUUUUACUCUCUGAAACAGUGGGGCAGUGAGCUCAAAAAUUCAAUGUCGUCUUUGCGUCCUGGGAGAGGGCAUAAUGAUAGUCGGAAGACUGUGUUUUAUACCAAUGAAGAGUGGGAACUUUUAGACCCAACCCCUAAGGACCUGGAGGAGUCAGUGGUACCGGAAGAAAAGAAAAAGCAGUCCCCUGAAGGAAACAAAGGAGUGACUGGUUCAGGAUUCCCCUUUGAUUUUGGACGUAACCCCUACAAAGGAAAGCGCCCUUUGAGAGACAUAAUUGGGUCAUACAAAAAUCGUCACAGCAGUGGUGACCCUUCAACCGAGGGAACAUCAGGCAGUGGCAGCAUCUGCAAGCUGGCCUCCGAAAUGGAGCUGCAGGUCCAGAGCCAGCAGGAAGAGCUGGAACGGUUAAAGAAAGACCUAGCCAGCCAGAAGGAGCUUGUGCGGCUGCUCCAGCAGACAGUCCGCUCAUCCCAGUAUGACAAGUACUUCACGAGCAGCCGACUCUGUGAGGGGAUCCCUAAAGACACGCUUGAGCUGCUACACCAAAAGGAUGAUCAGAUCCUGGGCCUCACCAACCAGCUGGAGAAGUUAAGCCUGGAGAAAGAGAGUCUCCAGCAGGAAGUGAGGACACUGAAGAGCAAAGUGGGUGAGCUCAACGAGCAGCUGGGGAUGCUGAUGGAGACGAUCCAAGCCAAGGACGAGGUCAUCAUCAAGCUCAGCGCCUGCGAGGGCAGCGUGUCUUCCCCCACCUCGGUGCCAGGCUCCCCCUCGGCCGCCCUAGCCAGCAGGGACCAGCUGGAGCUGGACAGGCUGAGAGAUAACCUACAGGGGUACAAAACCCAAAAUAAAUUUCUAAAUAAGGAGAUUUUGGAACUCUCAGCUUUACGAAGAAAUGCAGAAAGGAGAGAGAGGGACCUGAUGGCAAAGUAUUCUAGCCUGGAAGCCAAGCUCUGCCAGAUAGAAAGUAAAUACUUGAUAUUGCUCCAAGAAAUGAAGACACCAAUUUGCUCCGAAGAGCAGGGGCCUGCCCGGGAUGUCAUAGCCCGGUUGCUGGAGGACGCUCUGCAGGUGGAGAGCCAAGAGCAGCCGGAGCAAGCAUUCAUUAAACCUCAUCUUGUCAGUGAAUAUGAUAUUUAUGGGUUUAGGACUGUACCCGAGGAUGAUGAGGAAGAGAAGUUGGUCGCCAGGGUCCGUGCAUUAGACCUGAAGACUCUCUACCUCACAGAAAACCAGGAAGUUUCCACUGGAGUUAAGUGGGAAAACUAUUUUGCGAGCACAGUGAACAGAGAGAUGAUGUGCUCUCCAGAAUUAAAAAACCUGAUCCGCGCAGGCAUUCCCCACGAGCACCGUUCCAAGGUGUGGAAGUGGUGUGUGGACCUUCACACAAGGAAGUUCAAGGACAGCGCUGAGCCUGGCUACUUCCAGACCCUGCUUCAGAAGGCACUGGAGAAGCAGAACCCGGCCUCCAAGCAAAUUGAGCUUGACCUGCUGCGGACUCUGCCCAACAACAAACAUUACUCCUGCCCCACUUCGGAAGGCAUACAGAAGUUACGCAACGUCCUGCUUGCCUUCUCCUGGCGGAAUCCAGAUAUCGGCUACUGCCAAGGUCUGAACAGAUUGGUGGCAGUGGCCCUCCUGUACCUGGAACAAGAAGACGCUUUCUGGUGUCUAGUUACCAUAGUGGAAGUUUUCAUGCCUCGAGACUAUUAUACAAAGACUCUUUUAGGAUCCCAGGUGGACCAGCGGGUGUUCAGAGACCUCAUGAGUGAGAAGCUGCCGCGAUUGCAUGCCCACUUUGAACAGUACAAAGUUGACUACACCCUUAUCACGUUCAACUGGUUUCUGGUGGUGUUUGUGGAUAGCGUCGUUAGUGACAUCCUCUUUAAAAUAUGGGACUCUUUUCUUUAUGAAGGACCAAAGGUUAUUUUCCGUUUUGCCCUGGCACUUUUUAAAUAUAAGGAAGAGGAGAUCCUGAAAUUGCAAGAUUCGAUGUCCAUAUUCAAGUAUCUCCGUUACUUCACUCGCACUAUCCUAGAUGCUAGGAAGCUGAUCAGUAUCUCCUUUGGGGACCUGAACCCCUUCCCCCUGCGCCAGAUCCGGAACCGGCGCACCUACCACUUGGAGAAGGUCCGGCUGGAGCUGACAGAGCUGGAGGCCAUCCGUGAGGACUUCCUGCGUGAGCGGGACACCAGCCCUGACAAGGGCGAGCUGGUCAGCGAUGAGGAGGAGGACACCUGAGGGGACCACCGCCUCAGGACACUGCUCUUGCCUUCACAACCAAAGUGUGCCAAAAGGGUGAACUCAUU